UUGUGGGGGGACCGCUUCUUUUCUCCCCGCAAAAGUUGCGCCUCCUUUUUUUUCCCCCCCUCAGUCGGAAUGUGAGCUCCACACUGAGGACCUUUUUCUCUCGCUUUUCCUUCAAACCAUCCCCCUUUUUCUUCCUCUUUUAAAAAAAAAAAAAAUUAAAUCAUAAUUUCCACACUACUCUGCUGUGAGGAUGUGCAUGGCAGCCUGAGUCACACUUUGGAUUUGGAAGGGGGAGCAAGCCCGCAUUUUACGCACGUCUGGAGUGGCUUUUUCUCGACAACGCGUCCCCUUUUCUUGAAGGUUUUCAUGUAGGAGGCGCUAUCAGUGGUGAGUGAAGACCAGUCCUUAUUCGAGCCCCCCUACGCCACUGCCGCCCCUCUCCCCAAGACAGACAUGACUGCAUCUGGCGCGCAGGACUACGGCCAGACUCACAAAAUCAACCCAUUACCCCCACAGCAGGAGUGGAUCAACCAACCAGUGCGAGUCAACGUCAAGAGAGAAUAUGAGCAUAUGAAUGGAUCCAGCAGGGAGUCUCCAGUGGACUGCAGUGUGGGUAAAUGCAAUAAGCUGGUGGGGAGCAACGAGACGUCUCAGAUGAACUACGGAAACUACAUGGACGAGAAGAACGUCCCUCCACCCAACAUGACCACCAAUGAGCGAAGAGUCAUCGUACCGGCCGAUCCUUCAUUGUGGUCCCAGGACCACGUGCGCCAGUGGCUGGAGUGGGCCAUCAAGGAGUACGGCCUGUUGGAAAUCGACACGUCCGUGUUUCAGAACACAGACGGCAAGGACUUAUGCAAGAUGAGCAAGGACGACUUCCUUCGGCUCACCACCAUGUACAACGCCGAGGUUCUUCUCUCUCAUCUCAAUUACCUCAGGGAAAGUAGUUCAUCAUUAUCCUAUAACACAACAUCUCACACGGACCCAUCACCACGCCUGCCUGCCAAAGAAGACCCAACGUAUGACUCUGUACGGCGGACGGGAUGGUCAAACAACAUGCACAGUGCCAAAGGCUCACCGGUGGUGACUCAGAAUGUGACCAAGACCGCAGAGCAGCCCAGAGUUCAGCCAGAUCCUUACCAGGUACUUGGUCCAACCAGUAGUCGCCUUUCCAAUCCAGGUUCAGGGCAGAUCCAGCUUUGGCAGUUCCUCCUGGAGCUCCUUUCCGACAGCGCAAACGCCGGCUGCAUCACCUGGGAAGGCACCAACGGCGAGUUCAAGAUGACGGACCCGGACGAGGUGGCGCGGCGCUGGGGCGAGCGCAAGAGCAAGCCCAACAUGAACUACGAUAAACUGAGCCGGGCGCUGCGCUACUACUACGACAAGAACAUCAUGACCAAGGUGCACGGCAAGCGCUACGCCUACAAGUUUGACUUCCACGGCAUCGCUCAGGCGCUGCAGCCGCACCCCACCGAGUCGUCUAUGUACAAGUACCCCUCGGACCUUGCCUACGUGCCUUCUUACCACACCCACCAGCAGAAGGUCAACUUUGUGUCACCUCACCCGCAGUCCAUGCCGGUCACUUCCUCCAACUUCUUCGGACCCACCGCUCCUUACUGGAGCUCGCCCACCGCUGGCAUCUACCCCAACCCCAACGUCCCCCGCCACCCAAACGCCCAUGUGCCCUCCCACCUGGGCAGUUACUAUUAGACACCGCUAUCUAACCACCCACUAGCCAAGCCCACCAUUGCUGAAGGCAAUGAGGAAGGAUGAUUAUUUUAUAUUUUUGAAGAAUAACUGGAUGCUAUGGUCCAGAAAUGGAAUACUACUUACCUUUAGAAGACUUGAUGUUUUGGACAUGUAUCUCCCACAUCCUCCUGAAAGCUAUCCAAGUAUUCCCGGGCCAAAGUUUAAGGACAGAAGAGCAGAAUCAGAAUCCUUCUGCCAACUCCGCUUACUACCAGACAUGGCCCUUUAUUUACGGGUCUCAAUCUACAUCCUCCGGAGUACUUUAUGCUUCAAAGCAUCUGCUCUUUCCACCAUCUACAACCUGCUCGGGGUUUGAUAUUCCCACCACAUCUACAGCAAGUCUUUGUGUGCCCCCCCCCCCCCACCCCACCCCACACUGCACUCCAUCUGUAGGAUUUUGCAUGUGUGUCGAGAGAGUCUUUUAGGAAUUCGCUGGGAAAAAAAAAAGAAGCCCUCACACACUGAAGACCUUUCUCGGCACUGAAUGAAAGUUGGCAACUGGAAUAUGCCAUUCACAAUUUAAUUUAUCCUCCAAACUGGAAGGCAAGAGAGAAGGAGUCGAAUCGCAGAGAAGGAAGCGCUGUAUGUCUGCUGAACUGUUAACUUUCAAAACGCUCCCAGCGUUGUGGGGUCCACACGACGGGCAACGUGUGCAGCUCCGUUUCGCUGAGGAAGCGGAGAGUUGACACGUAAAUCGCGAGUGGAGCCAGGCCGGUGCGCUGGGCUAUUAAACGUUUACCGCGUCGUCGCCGCCAAGCCAUGUUUUGUCUCUCGACCGUGUCAGUAUUAAUGUGAAUCGUUGUCCAGUUUGUGUGUCUAAUAGGAGGAUGCAAAAGUCAAAGGUUGUCAGAUUUUUUUAUCUUGAAAAAACAGCCAAAUAUAUUGUUUUUUUCUUUAAAUUAUGAUAUAACUAGAAAAACACUUGGAGAGCGCAAACCUCCACCAGGAUCUACUGUACCGCCUGUUAGUAUAAAAACUCCGGAAUCCAGAGAGUGAUCUGCAACACCCCCAAAAUGUAAUCACUUCAACUCAAUUCUGAUAUUUUCAGAAUUUUUUUUUUCUUUAAAUAACGGAAUGGAAGAAACUGAGUGAACAUUCUUGUCAGUCAUCCACUGUCUAUGUCUCUGAGGGGGCACACACGCUUAAACAUAAGGAAACAUAGUAGAAAUUAUAUAAAUCAGGCCAGAAAUCCAAUCAAUUGUUCAUUAUCUAAUUAGGGAUAUUUCCAGAAAGUUUCAUCCGCUCAUAACAUUUUGAGUUAUUUUGCUAACUAACUGACAGACAAUUAUAUAAACUCCUGCCGGAGGAAUAAAUCCCUAUUCCUGGUGUCAUUAUUGAGAUAGAGUCCUAUAGUCAAGAAUGUCCACAGUCCGUCCCGAUUCAUUUGUGGCCUAAAGCUCAGCUUUUAUUCGACCACAAUAUAUUCUAAAAAUGGAUCUUAUGAAGUUUUUUAAGGUUUUUUUUCUAGAAAUAUAACAUAACUAGAAAAGCACUCUGCCAAGCCCUACUGUACCUAAUAGUAUCAUGAAAUAGCAUGAAUUGAUUAACGUGGACCCCGACUUAAACAAGUUGAAAAACUUAUUCGGGUGUUACUAUUUAGUGGUCAAUUGUACGGAAUAUGUAGUGUACUGUGCAAUCUACUAAUAAAAGUCUCAAUCAAUCAAUCAAGUAUAAAAACUCCGGAAUCCAGACCGUGAUUAGGAACACCCCCAAAUUGUUAUCACUUGUUCCUUAUCCCAUAUCUGAUAUUUCUUGAAAAUGUGAUCAAAAUGUGCGCAAAACUUUUUGAACUAUCUAUAACAAAAUGGAAUAAAGGAAGUGGACCUCCUUGUCAUCCACUAUGUUUGUCUCUGCGGGUACACGCACGCACACACGUAAACGUAAGGUAACCUAAUAGAAAUUAUACGGAUCAGGCCCAAAAUCUAAUCGAUUAAAAAAAAAAAAAAGUUACAGUACCAAUGAUUGUCACACACAAACUUGGUGUGGUUAAAUUAACCUCUGCAUUUGACCCAUCCCUUUGUUCACCCCCUGGGAGGUGAGGGGAGCAGUGGGCAGCAGCGGUGGCCGCGCCCGGGAAUCAUAUUGGUGAUUUAACCCCCAAUUCCAACCCUUGAUGCGGAGUGCCAAGCAGGGAGGUAAUGGGUCCCAUUUUUAUAGUCUUUGGUAUGACUCGGCUGGGGUUAGAACUCACGACCUACCGAUCUCAGGGCGGACACUCUAACCACAAAGCCACUGAGCAGGUCUGUUCUUUUUCUCAUUUCGGAAACUUCCAGAAAGUUUCAUGAAAAUAUUUCCCUGAACCGUUUGAGUUAUUUUGCUAACUAACAGACAAAACAAUUACAUAAACUCCUGGAGGAGGUACACAUGCCUUUUCCUGGUGUCAGGAGUGUCCAAAGUCUGUCCCGAGGUACAUUUGUGGACCACAGCUCAGCUUUUAUUCAGCCACGGCAUAUUCUAAACACGCAUCAUAAUAUUAUUCAUAAAUUGUUUGCUUUUUCAGCUAUGAUACUUAUUUAAAUACAUUUACGUACCGAGCAUAUCCUCCUGAGAAUGAGUGCCCUCUGCAGUAAACAUUUGUUCUUGGUCUUUUUAUUUUGUCAGAGUCAUUUCGGUUUAUACAAAACACAAAUGUCCACUGCAGGGUACGCUUUUCAACUAAAUUGCAUUUGCAUUUAGCGCAUAAUCAAGUCAAGAAAAGCUGUCGAAUAUCAUUAACUGGCUUGAGCAUACUUAAUUUUUUUCACAUGCAGCCCACGGUGGUAAAAAUGUGGACACCUCUGGUCUCACGAGACUCAUUAAAUAGCAUCCCUAACUUCUGUACAGUUAUUUGGUCUCUCUUGCUUGAUGAAAAAUCUGACAAUUUGUGAUAUUUUUGUAAUGACUGCCACUGCAUUAUCAUCUCCUUUUGGGGCUAGUCAGGAUCUUGUAGGUCACACUGAGAAGUGUCUUUCUCAAUAAGUUGCAUUUUACCAGGGCUGGAUCCUAGUUUGAGAGCAGCAUGUAUGCUUGAAUGUUAGUUUCUCACUGAUCUAUAGGCCAGAGACAAAAAAAAAAAAAAUUCAAUAUAGGACCUCCUCAUGUCAUCGCAUCAUAUCAGAACAUUUUGGUCUUCAGGUGUUCAAGCAAAUGCCCUUGUAACACUUCAAAGUAAGUGACUUCGGGCUAAGUUUAUCAGAGAACAAAAGCAUUUAAAAAAAAAAAUAUGACGAGAUGAAACAAAGAAUUCCUCAGAUUCGCAAACGCUGUGCGUUUGUCAGACCUAUUUUUUAUUGUUUUAUAUGCAUCAGUCAGCUAGGCAUUAAAGCAACUUACUGUAUAAAUUAUGCAGAGUUAUUUUCAUAUGUGACACAGUAUUAAAAAAGAGACAAGAGAAUUAAUACGAGUUGACCUCGGUCAAAAAUGCAAACCUUUGAAGUCCAUUUCUGCUAAGUAGUUUGUUCGGCAUUUGAAGUGUUUUUAUAUUUGUACAUUUGGGCAGUACAUUUUUUUAACUUUUUUAUUUUCUUUUUAUUGUUAGUACUUCUUCUGAGAUGAAUUGUGUACCAUCCUAAGUGCCUUUUGUGUGCACUCUCGCUAUUUUGUAAGUCUCCCCCAAAUCACAAGUGACUGCUUUUGCAUGCAAGAACCAGGGACUUUUUGACUCUGUAUGCAACAUGUGAUUCCAAUGCUUCUUUUAACCACCAAAUAGUCCUGGAAUCUGUGGAAAUUAAUAUUGUUACUUUAUGCAGAUAUUAACAUCCACCAGAUUCCUGCUGAAAUAAACCGAAAGGAAACCAAAAAAUGUCCACUCCAGCCUUAUCAUUAUUAUAUUUUUGACAAGCAAAAAAACUAUCAAAAGGGAUCUAUGCUACUUCUUAUAAGCAAUGUAUUUUGGAUAUCAAAUAUACAUAUAUAAAUAUAUAUGUUUGUGCGUGUGUAUAAUUUCACAAUUAACCAAUGCCUUAUUAUUAUUAUUGUCAUUCCUGCAAUGUAUGAAGUCAUACCUUUUGAAAAAGGGCUUUUGUAUAGGAAAUUGUGACAAAUAAAUGUUUUUACCUCUCAAGUUCUCUCCUGAUACCCGUCAAUGGCUUCAGUAGCGUUUCCAUGGUAACACAGUCUCUUUGCUUGGAGAGUGAUUGGCCUUAUGAAAGUUGUUUUGAGUUUCGCCUCCCUUUUUAU